GGAGCAUAAGUGUCACAUCUGUCAUUCGUGAUAUUUUCACACAUCAAAAUUUCACACCAAAAAAUAUUAUUCAAUUUAAUCGAACCGAAGAAGACCACAAAAGCUACGCAAUGACUGAAUCCCAAACGGGGGGCGUAACGCCCAUGGCUAUAGCCGGCCGUAUGGUCAGUGAACGCGAGCGUUUACUUGGUAUGUCGGCUGAAGAACGAGCCUGGAGAGCUCAAUGGUUGAAGGAUCAACGUCUAGCACCACAUGAACCGGUGCAUAUUCCCGAGCUGUAUAGAUUGAAUCCCAUCCGACGAUUCUAUAAAGCUCCGUUGAACCAAGUCGAAUCAAUGUUGGCCCCUGUGUUGGGUAAAUCGAAAGCUUUUGCGGUUCGUUUUUGGGCUGGAAAAUUUGUAAUGGUUGCCGCAUCGAUCUAUGCAACUGCAUACUACUUCAAAUAUAAUGCGAAUGAUUGGACGAGAAAGGGUGGCUGGCGUGUCUUAUCUUCGAGGAAAGCCGUCAAUAAAGGAGAUCCAGGCUAUCCAAUGACUACAAAUAAAGUAGCGUCCGACUAUGCAGUAAGAGGUUUCAAACAGGCUCCCAUUUAAUGUUUUUGUUGUUGUUGUUGUAAAUAAAAACGAAUGGAGCGAAUUAUGAUGAAAAUAAACACAACAAUCGGUUAGUAUUUGGAGAUUAAAAA